AUGCUUAAAAAUAUUACACCAUACAAAGAGUUGCAAGAACUAAAUCAAAUUUUAUGUGUGUCACUCGCCAAUACUAGAGCUGGAGUUACUACUAGCAGCAAGAAGCCUGAUGAAAAGCCGUCUAUUCAAAACCAUGCUCAAAACUCAUCGGAAAGCACCUUACUGCAAACACUACCAGUGAAGAUAAACCAUGGCGAGAGAAGUGUUAUAGUGAGAGCGCUAUUUGAUAGUGGGUACCAGCGUUCAUAUGUCAAGAAAGAAGAAAUCAAGGAAUUGAGAGCGCUACCAUCGGGAAAAGAAGAACUUAAUCACUCACUAUUCGGCGGUGUGUCUGUAGCAACACAGCAAUAUGACUGUAACAAUUUCACAGUUUAUAGCAUAGAUAACACAUUAAAAUUUGAUAUGUUUGCUUUGGAUUUAGUAACAAUAUGUAAGAAUGUGCCUAAAGUAAAUAAUAAGUCUUUCUGA